CGUUAGGACGUUUUUUUGUAAUUCAGGGGAAACUGUAGAAUUAAAGAAUGACUACAUUGUUUGAAAAAUAGUACAAUAAUACAAAGGUGGAGUGUAGUCUGGAGCUAGUCAACGGUUGAAAAACAUUCUCGCAACCAUUAAGCGUCUACGAAUGCUGUUGACUGUACAUAAAUCAAUUGAAAAUGAACUUGAUUUACUCGGUGAUCGUUCUUUGCGCAACCGGAAUGUAUUUACCUGAAAGCCCUGCGCCAGUUAUGUCAACAAAAAACUCGACGCAAAACAUCUUAAUCUUGGGGGGUAAUGGAUUUCUCGGCAGUUCCCUGGUUGCCAAAAUUGUACAAUUUCACCGGUAUAAAGUGACAACCUUAAACCGCGGACGGCAAUACUUCGAUUCAAAGACGCGUGUCGAGCCAAAUGUGCACCAAAUUUUGUGCGAUCGCAGUGCUAUCUACGACUGCGCAGAUCUACUGACCUCAUCAGAGUAUUACGAUGCGGUCGUGGAUUUUUCAUCAUACUACAUGGAAGAUAUGCAGGAAAUACUGAACGCGUUACGUGGAAGAAUCGGUAGAUACAUCUUCAUCAGCUCUGACUCGGUCUAUGAAGUUUGCAUCAAGACUUCUCAUAAUGGACCGAGUCGUGAAGAAGAUGCAGUAAGACCACGUGACCCUCGAGCUAGACAUGAUUUGAACAUGCGUGAUUAUUAUGGUCAUCAAAAACUAGGAUGCGAAGAAGUGCUGGAAAAUGAACGAAGAUAUUCGGGGAUCAACUUUAUCUCUCUUCGUUUGCCUGACGUCAUAGGUCCACGUGACACAACCAACCGAUUUUGGAACUACCAACUGUGGUUGCUCACGCAUCGACUGGACGAGUCGUUAGGACCAGUACAUUUGAAUCCAAACGAAAAUCGACCAAUCAGUUUCGUGUAUUCAGAAGAUAUCUCGGAACUCAUUAUCCAACUUUUUAACUCGGACCUGGAUGUAUACAAUGAUGCAUACAAUGUCGCGUUCCCACCCGUAACUCUCGAAGAAUUCCUUAAAAUAAUGGCUGAAUCGUUGGGAAUAGAUAUAAAGUACAAAAGGACAAAUGAAGCCAAUAUCCACUGGUAUCCAUCGGUGACCCGUGGACCGUUAAACACAACGAAAGUUUUUGAUAUGCUAAAUUGGCAACCAUCUUCUAUCGAGGUGGCUGUCAGGCAUUCUUGUGAGUUUUUCAAGCACGCAAUGUCCGUAGAAGAGUUUCAAAGACGUAGAGAUGACAUUUUAAGACGAUAUUUACCAAACCGCGAAGCGAGAGACGCGUUUCUGAAGAGGCAAAUAGGUCAUAAAGAGCUCCAGCAACCCACUACUUCAUUAUAAUGUGAAUAUUAAUUUACUAGAAAUAUUUGAGUGAUCAAGUACAUUCUAGUAAUACAAGAUACCUAAUAAUUUAAAUAAAGAGCGGCAAUUUUCAGCCGUCACGAGUUUUA